GGCGCCGGCUCAAGACCCUAAGAGAAGCCUCCUCCGCGGGCGCCUGGGGAGUGAAUCCACGAUGGGGCGGCCCCUCUCCCAGCCUGGGCCGGGGGCUUCCUGCCCUCCCCACAGUGGCCGCCCCGAGCCUCCCUGCCCAAUGCCUCCCACACGUCCUGCAGGUCUGUCUGACUCUGCCGCUGGCAGGGCCUCCCCCUCUGCGUUCCCACCUGGCCUGCCCGCACCGGCACCCACAGCAGGGCCUGGCUGCCGGGGUUUGAGUGAGGGCCUGGCAGGCACCUGCGGUGGUGGAGCUGAUGCCCAGGAGGGUCGCUCAGGACAGAAGUUUGAGGGUUGCAGGGUGGAUGCAGGCAGUGGCGAGGGAGGGGCCACAUUCGGAGGCCAGGGCGGAAAGCUCAGCCCGAGGUCCUCGUUAGGAAGGGGACAGCCAGGGCACAGUUGUCAAAAGGCUGUUCAGUCCUGGGAGAGGGCGUGGCCUGGCUGUGCCUCUGCUACCUGCCCGCUGUCGUUUGGUUUUGUUUGUUUUUAACCUUUUUUGUUGUGAAAUAUAACGAACUCAGAAGAGGACACGAAGCAAACGUGCAGCCUAAUGAUUCGUCAUAAGUGAACCCCAGGCGUCCAGCAUCCAAGAGAAGACCGGAAACGCCCGCCCCGCCCCGAAGCCGCUCCCCUCCCCCAAGGGCACCACCGGGGACUCUGCAGACGCAGGAGCAUUGGCCGCACCUCCGAGCUCCUGAGCGCGGGAUGGGGUCCUAAACAAGGCUGUUGUGUUUCUUUAUUCUCGACCCUUCAUGUGUGCCUGGCUUCUUCUGGCCGACGCUGGCUUUGUGAUUCAGGGCUGUUCUUGCAGGACGAGAACUGCCAUCCACCAUGGUGAAGCUGAACUGCAGCUUCUCGGGGAAGACAGGCUCCGGGGACGGGGCUACCAUGGACAGCGUCCCUCUGAUCAGUCCCCUGGAUGUCAGCCAGCUACAGCCUGCGUUCUCCGACCAGGUUGUCAUUAAGACACAGACGGAAUACCAGCUGUCCUCCGGGGACCAGCCGACAAAGUUCUCCGACCUAGAGGCCCAGAAGCUGGGCGGCGGCCACCCAGAGGAUGCACGUAGCAGGAUGCCCACAGGGCGGAUGAUCGCCUUCACCAUGGCGCUCAUGGGCUGCCUCCUGAUCAUGUAUAAGGCCAUCUGGUAUGACCAGUUCAGCUGCCCCGACGGCUUCCUGCUUCGGCACAAGAUCUGCACCCCGCUGACCCUGGAGAUGUACUACACCGAGCUGGACCCUGAGCACCACCGCAGCCUCCUGGCGGCCAUCGGGGCCUACCCAGUGGGCCGCAAGCACGGCACGGAGACCCCGUGGUUGUCCGCGAGCUACCACGCCUUCAAGGAGGCGCCCAAGGCGCACAAGGCGCCCGCCCGCGCGGCCAUGGCGGCGGUCACCGAGCCCUCGAGGAAACCCUCGGGGAAGCCCUCGGGGAAGCCCUCGGGGGAGGCCUCGGCGCCAGGAGAGAAGGAGGCGGCGCAGAAGGUGGAGGGGAGCGCGCCGCCCCCAGCCCCCCAGUGAUGGCCUCUGGCCUCCGGGUCGCAGCCCGUCCGGGUAGCGUCCCACGCCGGCACCUGUGACCGCCCUCGCCCGACGCUCUGUGGUCGCUGUGGUCGCCGUGGUCGUGCCCCUGCUCCCAGGCCCCCUCGCUGACGCCCCCCGCCCCGUGAGCCUCUAGCUCUGUCGCUUUUCUCUGAGUAAAGAUUCACCUCCACCUGGAUCUCGCGCUUCUCCUGAGCAUCCUCGGCUCUCCGGCCUUUUUCCUGACCCCCCAACCCCGUUCGGGCGAGGACCCGAAUUCUGUCCCCCGUUGCCCAGCUUUUCUCAAGCUUUAAAGCUCAAUUUAAAAGCAUUUAUUA